UCUGAUCCUGGCUCGGUCAGUUGUGAGACCUUGGUGCUCCUGACGUGGGUCAACUGUGCGAGCGUGCGAUGGGCCACCAGAGUCCAAGAUAUCUUCACUGCUGGCAAGCUCCUGGCCUUAGCCCUCAUUAUCAUCAUGGGAAUCGUGCAGAUCUGCAAAGGUGAAUAUUUUUGGUUGGAGCCCAAGAACGCUUUUGAGAAUUUCCAAGAGCCCGACAUCGGCCUCAUCGCUCUAGCUUUCCUUCAGGGAUCCUUCGCCUAUGGAGGUUGGAACUUUCUUAACUACGUGACAGAAGAGUUGGUCGAUCCCUACAAGAACCUUCCCCGAGCCAUCUUCAUCUCCAUCCCCCUGGUCACCUUUGUAUAUGUCUUUGCCAACAUCGCCUAUGUCACUGCAAUGUCUCCCCAGGAGCUACUGGCCUCAAACGCUGUUGCCGUGACAUUUGGAGAGAAGCUCCUAGGAGUUAUGGCCUGGAUUAUGCCCAUUUCUGUUGCCCUGUCCACCUUUGGAGGAGUCAAUGGGUCGCUCUUCACCUCCUCCAGGUUGUUCUUUGCCGGAGCCAGGGAAGGGCACCUGCCCAGCCUAUUGGCCAUGAUCCAUAUCAAGCGCUGCACCCCCAUUCCGGCUCUGCUCUUCACGUGCGUGUCUACCCUGCUGAUGCUGGUGACCAGCGACAUGUACACCCUCAUCAACUACGUGGGCUUCAUCAACUACUUGUUCUACGGGGUCACGGUGGCCGGGCAGAUUGUCCUGCGCUGGAAGCAGCCCGACAUCCCCCGUCCCAUCAAGGUGAACCUGAUAUUCCCCAUCAUCUACCUGCUCUUCUGGGCCUUCCUGCUUGUCUUCAGCCUCUGGUCUGAGCCAGUGGUGUGCGGCAUUGGUCUGGCCAUCAUGAUGACCGGCGUUCCGGUCUACUUCCUGGGCGUGUACUGGCAGCACAAACCCAAGUGUGUCAACGACUUCAUCGAAUCCUUGACCUUGGUGAGCCAGAAGCUGUGCGUGGUGGUGUACCCCCAGAUGGACGGGGCCAAGGAGGAAGAGGAGGAGAUGAAUGAGGAGACGAAGGAACAGAAGCAACCCAUCUACAAACCCGGCUCCCCCACCAAGGCCGAUCAGUCCCAGCCCUGAUCGCGAGUGGCUCUUCCCUGAGCGGCCCCGGCCCCCGACCCCUCUCGCUCUCUCACCCCCGGCCCCAACCCACGGUCCCCGCUGCCCAGAGGUGGGGAGAGUUGGAGAUGGAGGAGAAACAAGAAAAGACACUAAUUCUUACCCAAAGAAGCAGCCCCCGGCCCUGACCGCCGAGCCUGGGGAACGCCACUUGCCGGGGCUGCCGCCCUCUCCGAGGGAAUCCCUUUUCCGUGUCCUUGUCUGCAGUCCAAGUCAAAGCCUGUAAGGAGAGGGAAUCUGGUCGGUGCCCUUCCGUGACUCCGUUCCCUCGGCCAGAGGGGAACCCGAGACGAACGUCCUAUUCGAUCUUUCUCCUCAGGAACUGAGGCGAGCGCCGUCCUUCUGGGCCUCUCUUCCGUCUCCCUUCUCUGUCCCCAGAAGCGGCUCCGGCGAAGGGAGAGACGCGGCAGGGGGCUACUCACCCGGAAGCCAGGGAGCCAUGUGGGGAGGGAGGAUUCCACAACAGUACACGGGCCCCAGGGAACCAGGGGAAAAAUUGCCCACUCCCGUGUCUGACCAUGGGAUCCUUCCUCUCCCUCCAUCCCCUUGGGUUAAGGAGGCCGAAAGGGGUGGAAAGAGCCGAUUGCUUCUGGUCUGAUUUCCCCUAAGUUCUUAUUUUUGUAUGGGGUUCAUUUCAGAACCCACCUAAAACCCCUGUGGGGUUGAGGACCAACAGAAAACCGUCCCCUCUCUCCCCCCGCGCCGCCACCCCUUCCCCACACACCCCCAGCCUUCAGGAUGGGUUGGAAAAGGCCCUGAUGGCCGAAACUCCGUCCGGCCUUUUUCAGCCUUCCCUAUUCUCGGUGCCAAAAACUUCCAGAGGCCUGGACGGUUUGUACCUCCCCGGGAUUUUCCCCUCCGGAUGUCGGCCAGGACCCGUGCCCCUGAAGGGAGGGAGGGAGCCAUCACUGACCAGGGCAGCUGGGCUCCCCGGGCUGCUGGUCCCCCCCAUCCUUGCCUUCUCCUUCUCCCUCUUGGGGGGGAGGACGUGUCUGCCGGGAGAUGGUGUGGUAGGUACCCCACAAACCCAGCCUGGAAGCAGCGGCCAUCCAGGCCUUCACAGCACCCCCUCUUCCCCCACCCCCACCCCAAUCAAGGACCAGGACAGGAGCCUUCCCUCCUGUGCCCCACCCCACCCCAGGCCCGACGGGCCCAGUGAUAGAUGCUGCCCCCCCAUGUCCUAUUCAGAGCCCAUUCCAAAACCAGGAGGAGGGGUUUGUCCUCAGCUGACCAGGUAGCCCCCUUUCCUUUAUCGCCAGACAUCCCCCACUCGCGUGUUCCCCUUCUCCCGCACUGAAUUAAAAAAAAAAAAACCCAAACAUCCCUCUCUCCUUUCAGGGUUUACUCUCCAGAAACAGGACAUGCCACAGUGGCAGAGACAUAGGACACUAAGAGGAGGGCCGAAGGUAGCAUUGGGGAAUCUCAGAAAAGCCCAUGCUGUCCUGCAGUUGUCCCCUCCCCGCUCCUCUUCUUUUUCCUUCAGGGCAGGUGGAAGUCUUGUAACUGACCCCAUCGGAUAGUAGCAAUAUCAGAACAUAUGACAAUCUUUCCCAGUUGAAGUGUCCAUCGCGGUCAGGCUCAGUGUGACACUGAAGAUGUCUUUCGGUGUGCUUCUUGGAAAUGCGAUGCCGUUUUGAUUUGAUUUGAUUUUUUAUUUUUUUUUUGUUGGGUACCUUUCCUGUUCUAGCCAGGUCGUUUCCACCUCUCAAGCCUGUCGAGUUCCUGCACUCCCAGCACCCCGCACUCUUAUCUUCUCCUUCUGACAGCUGUCGGAGCAGAUCCUAAGCCAGGGUUGUUUUAUUCUUCAUUCCCUCCCCAAAUCCGCAACUUCUGAUUCUCUCCCUAGGUUUGGGAGUGCUUCUCCCUCCACCCGCCCCCACCACCUUCCAUUGUCUUCCCCCAAUCUCCUUUCUCCAGAAUAUAUGGGGACCUUCAGAUCACCCCACCAGCACCCUUCUGACCCCAUUUUCAUCUAGAUGAACGCUCUUCAGGGCAAGUUGUCUAACACGGGCACAUGAGCCGGGCCCUUGCGGACCAGGAUGGUUUGUGAGCCCAACCAACCCUCCAGCACCCUGUCACCUCCCUCCCCCGACUCUAAGGUUUCCUCUUCCCCCCUCUUCCCCUUUCCCACCCCCUCCCCCGCCUCUCCGUUCCACCCAUCUCCCCUUUCUCCGCCCACCUCUUUGAUUCUCAUUUUUGUAAAGUGGAUGCCUUACUUUUGGGAUAAAUAUUUUUGAAGCUGGUA